GUGGGAAUAACGUAUCUGGUUGAACAGGGUAGUGGAAUACAUCCAAAUUUCCUAUAUCCGCGGCUUUGUAUCAUGAAGGGUCAUCAACACAUAAUGCCCACAGGUUUUCCGGAUGGAGCGUCAACCGAUUGAUAACGUCCAGACUAACAUAUUUUACAUCAUGUCCUCCCCCCCCCCGGCUCCGCGUGAUCUGGGACAUGAGGAAGGAAGGUGCUUGGCAGGGUGAAUGAGUAAGGAGUCAAUCGGGGGAAAUUCUUGGCUUCGGGAGGGUAGACAUUGAGCUGGCGUCUUUUGGGGUGCCACAUCCUUCACAUCGCUUGCGCUAAUACUUAGGAGGAUGAUAGUUAUAAGUCGCUGGAUUGGGGGGCCUAUGCAUUUACGUUCUUUCCCGUGGUGUAGGCGGAAGCGCAUGGUGGCGGUUGGAUGGGUAUAUGAAGACGAUGAGGAUUUUGUCUUGACAAGGCAGUGGGGUUACCAGGGUGCCUUCGUGCUUUGCCAAGACCUCUUCGUGAGGGUCACUAGGAAUGUUGAUCCUACUAUGCCUGAUCUCAACGAGCCGUCAAGCUGGGGCACGCGCACUGAACCAGACGGCAUCCCAGUGGUCGCGCUGGGGUAAAGAGUCUUAAGUCAGCAUCACGGGUCAGUAAACCUCAGCCUCGCACACUCAAUGAUAUGUUCCGUUCACCAUCAGGGCAGCAUUACGCUGUCAUGGUCACAUUCGCCUUUCCGGUCUCAAACACCACACAACUAGGAGAGCCAAGACACUCAUUUCAUUUCUUAUCACACGAUGACAUAUCCCUCGCGUGUCUUUCCGC